UUCCGGGAUGUUACUCAAAUCAUCUAAUAGAAUCCUCUCGCUCUACAUCAUUGUUUUGUAGCAACUUUUACUUGUUUAAAUUGUACGUUGUGGCAACAUUUCAUAUUUUGAUCAAGUUUGGUCCAAUCUAUUGGUAAUAUUUUUUUUUUUUUUUUUUUUUUUUUUUUUUUUGACGUGAUCUAUUGGUAAUAUUUUGACAGGUAAAAGUAAAACCAGAAACUGAAGGAAAGAUAGAAUGAGGGUGUGGCUUGCACUUGCAGUAGCGAUAUCGAUAUGGUUAGUCCUUGAACCAAGCUGCGCAGCCGAUCUAAGUUUUGAUUUGGGAAGUGCUACCAAGACUAUCUUCUCCAAACUGUUGAGCGAUGUGCGUGAUAAAGUGAAGGAUCCAAAACUUAAGUAUGGUGACACGAAUGUACCAGCAAUUGCGGCACCUUCAAAUCCAUCAAAGUAUCUUCUUGUUGAUAUCAAGACACCGGAAGGAGCGACAAUCACAUUUGCUCUGAAUAAAAACGAUAUAUAUUUGGAUGCUUAUCUUGACAAAUUUGAGGGAAAAUAUAGAGCACAUUUUUUCACUAAUACUCCCGAUACUGCUAAGAAGAGUCUUUUUCCAGAGGCUAAGGGUGAUAAAAAUCGUCUAGAUAUGCACUAUGCUAACACGUAUGAUGCAAUUGAGGGUAAGGCUGGAGCUAAAAGAAGCAAUUUCGGUUUAGGAGUUGAGAAAUUAAAAGGGUUAGUCAACUACGUUUAUGGAUUGAAGGUUGACAAAAAAAAAGGUGUUGAUCCAAAAGAAGCAAAGUUAAUGCUUGUUUUGAUCCAAAUGUUUUCUGAAGCAGGAAGAUUUAAGUAUAUAGAAGACAUGAUUCUACAGAAUUUUGAUACAUCUAUAAUCCCAGAUCCGAAAGCGACGAGAAUGGAAAACCGUUGGGGAAAGAUUAGUGAAGGUAUUAAGAAUUCAAAGAAAGGAGUAAUCUCACCGGAGCUCGAUUUACUGGAUGCUCAGGGUAAGGCAUGGAAAGUGUCAAAAGUUAAAGACAUAGAAGGUGAUAUGGGGAUCUUGAAAUACUCAGGCAAGAAGCUAGUAGCUCUAUUUUAAGACCUGUUCUAGAUAAGACAUAUAAUCAGUAUUGGAAAAUAUAUGUAUGGUAUAUUUUCCAUAUUUAUAUUAUUAAGAGAAUAAUAUACUUAGAUUUAUGUAUGUUAAAAUAUUAUUUAGUGAAAAAUUUGU